AUAGCCACUCCCCCAAAUUGAUCCUCCUCUACAAUUAGCUUUUGAUACAAGUACAAAUAGCUAGCUGAGAUUUGAAAGCAAGACCCAACAAGGCUACCCGAUACCUAUUUGAAGCCGGGGAUUACUUCGUCAACGCAUUAUCUAUUGCGUUUGGAUUUGCAAAAGCUGAAAAACCGAAACUGUAUUUUGUAGCCUUGGGCCACUCUGUAGUUGUGUAAACAACUGUAGUACGUACACCUGGACAACAAGCAUCACUUGAGAAGACCACCACAACUAGUGAAUUGAUCUCUGCUCCUUUGUUCAAAGAAACCAUUCAACUGAAGCCUGCUAGGCCAUCAUCCAUUAACACCAAUUUAUUUUGAUUACAUUAAUUCAACUUGUUGAUACUUUGUCUUUGUCGGGAUAUGGCACAGUCGAUUAUUACGCAAGUGUCUCGAGACAGUGACUCCUACGAGCCUUGUCCUGCUCCCGUUAACUCUGGAGGGAGUAUCAACAACGGUGGUGCAGCGGUGCGUAACCCUCACACUACCAAGAGAGACAAGUACGGACAGAGGUCAUGGUGCCUGUGUAGCUGGAUGCUGACUUGCUUCAGGAAGAAUGAUCCUCCAGUUGGAGCUACCACAUUUGAUAAUGAGUCUCUACCAGCUCCUGAGCUCCCCAGACAGAGCAAACAUUUGCUCCCUCGGCGCAAAGUUGGUGACGAGAGAAAGAAGUGUGUUGUUAUUGACCUGGACGAGACUCUAGUACACAGUUCCUUCAAGCCGGUAAACAACGCUGACUUCGUGGUACCUGUCGAGAUCGAUGGCAUCAUCCAUCAGGUGUACGUGCUCAAGAGGCCGUAUUGCGAUGAGUUCCUUGAGAGGAUGGGACAGCUGUUCGAGUGUGUUCUCUUCACUGCCAGUCUAUCUAAGUAUGCUGACCCUGUGACUGACUUGCUGGACAAGCAUCGAACAUUCUCUGAUCGACUGUUCAGAGAAUCGUGUGUAUUCCACAAGGGUAACUAUGUGAAGGACCUUAGCAAGCUCGGACGAGACCUCACUAAAGUGUGCAUUAUUGACAACUCCCCACAGUCAUACAUAUUUCACCCUGACAACGCAGUACCAGUUACAUCAUGGUUUGACGACCCCAACGACACAGAGUUACUGGACCUUAUCCCGUUCUUUGAAGGACUCGAUAAAGUUGACAACGUUUUGUCGGUACUCGGCCAAAACAGCAGCUUCCGAAGUCCUCAAGAGGCCAUAUAGGCCACGCCUACCAGCAUACUAGCUCCGCGUUCAUCUACCCAUGCAUGCGUUAAUUAUUUUACUUAGUUUGUGUGUGUUAAGUGUACGUGUACGUGUGUGGGUGUGGCUUUUGUAACAAGUUUUGUACAUUUGUUUGUUUUUUUGUAGACAUAAUUCCAAGCUUUUAUAAUUUUGAGCAUUUUCUAUAACAGCACUUGUUUUAUCUUAACUCUUAUUUAUAGUUUUUUUUUACAGACCAUUUUGUAAUCUAGGUAAUGACCAAACUCUCUGCAACAUGACACUUGUAGUUAGCGUGUCACAGGUAUUACGUGUGCACUUAUAUACAUGUAAUUAUUAUGUGUUUUUUAUUAUUAAUUAUAAUGGAUUUGGUUCAAAUGUUUA